GAUCGAUUGUUGGACAGCGAACUAGCGCGCGGUGGCCAAAAUGGAUUCCGCAGCAGAGUCAGAGGUAUGGUCAUCCAUCAUCAUCACCAUCACUGUUCGUUUGUUUGUAGGCGUCCUAAGCUAGUUGCCGAUCGAGUUGCAAGAUGCAGCAGCUAGCCUCCUCUCCGUCCGUCCUCUAGCUCCCUCAUCUUGCCUGCUGCUGCCUCUCUCUGCUUGCUUGCUUGCCUUGCCUUUGCCUUGCUAGCUUAUUUUAUACGGCGUGCUUGCCUGGCCUGCGUGAGAUCGAUUAGAUUAACCACCCCGCCGGCCGGCGCGCGCGGCCAUGGAGACCAACAGCAGUAAGCCCAAGCACGGGAAGCCGUACGCCGUCGCCGUCGCCGAGGAAGAUGCUACUAAUAGCAAUAACAAGAUGAUAAAGAAGAACCUCUCCGAUGACGACGAGGCCGCCGCCGGCGAGCCGGAGCAGAAGUACCGAGGGUGGAAGGCCAUGCCUUACGUCAUAGGGAACGAGACGUGCGAGAAGCUUGGCACCAUCGGCACGACGGCCAACCUGCUGGUCUACCUCACCACCGUCUACGCCAUCAAGAGCGCCAGCGCCGCCACGCUGCUCAGCCUCUGGGGCGGCACCGUCAACCUUGCCCCCGUCCUCGGCGCCUUCCUCAGCGACGCCUACCUCGGCCGCUACGCCACCAUCGCCCUCGCCUCCAUCGCCUCCUUCCUCGGCAUGAUCCUCCUCACCCUCACCGCCGCCGUCCCCUCCCUCCACCCGCACGGCGCCGCGGCGGGGCCCUCCGCGUCCCACAUGGCCGCGCUCCUCGCCUCCCUGGCGCUGCUCGCCAUCGGCGCCGGCGGCAUCCGCCCCUGCAACCUCGCCUUCGGCGCCGACCAGUUCGACCCCCGCACGCCCGCCGGCCGCCGGGGCAUCAACAGCUUCUUCAACUGGUACUACUUCACCUUCACCAUCGCCAUGAUGGUCUCCGCCACCGUCAUCAUCUACCUCCAGAGCAACGUCAGCUGGGCGCUGGGCCUCGCCGUCCCGGCCACGCUCAUGGGCCUCUCCUGCGCGCUCUUCUUCAUGGGCACCCGCCUCUACGUCCGCGUCCGCCCCGAGGGAAGCCCCUUCACCAGCUUCGCCCAGGUCCUCGUCGCCGCCUACCGCAAGCGCCGCCUCGUGUCCCCCAGCGAGGGCGAGCUCUUCGACCCGCCGCACCGGAGCAGCCUGGUGUCCAAGAUCGCCUACACGGACCAGUUCGUGUGCCUGGACAAGGGGGCCGUGCUGACCCCCGACGACGAGCUCACGGCCGGCGGCGCCGCGUCGGCGAACCCGUGGCGGCUGUGCACGGUGCAGCAGGUGGAGGAGGUCAAGUGCCUGGUGCGGCUGCUCCCGGUGUGGUCGACGGGGAUCGUCUACUACAUCGCGCUCACCAACCUGGGCAACUACAACGUGCUCCAGGCGAUGCAGACGGACCGGCGCCUCGGGCGGUCGGGGUUCCAGAUCCCGGCGGGCUCCUUCGUCGUGUUCAACAUGCUGGCGCUGACGGUGUGGCUCCCCGUGUACGACGGCGUGGUGGUGCCGGCGCUGCGGCGGGUGACCAAGCGCGAGGGCGGCGUGACCCAGCUGCAGCGGAUGGGCGCCGGCAUCGCGCUGUCCGUCGCCACCAUGGUGGUGGCGGCGGCGGUGGAGCGGCACCGGCGGCGGGCGGGGGACGCCGCGUCGUGCUUCCUGCUGGUGCCGCAGCAGAUGCUGGCGGGGCUGUCGGAGGCGUUCGCGGUGAUCGGGCAGGUGGACUUCUACUACAAGCAGUUCCCGGAGAACAUGCGCAGCGUGGCCGGCGCGCUGCUGUUCCUGGGCUUCGCCGUGGCCAGCUACGCCAGCGGGCUCAUGGUCACGGUGGUGCACCGGACAACGGGGGGGAGCGGCGGGCGGCCGGACUGGCUGACGCAGGACCUCAACCAGGGGCGCCUCGACCUCUACUACCUGCUCAUCGCGGGCAUGGCCGCCGUCAACCUCGUCUACUUCGUGGCGUGCGCGCGCUGGUACAGGUUCAAGCAGUCGGAUGCCGGCGCCGCCGUGGAGCUGGAGGAGAAGGACGGCAAGGUCGUUGUUGCUACUGCUGGCGCCGCCGCACCUCCACCUCCACCUCCAGUUUGAAUUCAUUCAGCUCAAGUUCAUUCGAACAGGAAAUUAAAUGAAGAUAUAUAGAUGGACAGCAGGUUGAAACAAUCGAUAGAUGGAUGGAUGGAUGUGUUAUUGAUCGAUUAUAGAGUUUCCUGGGUUCAUGCAUGAGCAGACCAUGCAUCACAGAUUGAUAUCAGUCAACAUGAUACAUAGCACGCAUGCGCAUCCAUCUGAAUUUUGUCCCUUGGCCAAAUUAGAGAGCUUCCAUGAUACAUGACGCAAUUAUUA